GAGGAUGUCCAGAGCUGACUGGUCCUUCCUGGAGCACCUGCUGGAGGAGGGUCAGGAGUACUCGACAGGCAUCGGCCGCAUCUGGCUUACCGUUCUAUUCCUGUUCCGCAUGCUGGUGCUCGGCGCAGCGGCCGAGUCCGCCUGGGACGACGAGCAAGCCGACUUCGUCUGCAACACGCGGCAACCGGGCUGCACCGCCGUCUGCUACGACAAAGCCUUCCCCAUCUCGCACUUCCGCUACUUCGUCCUGCAGGUCAUCUUCGUCUCCACGCCCACCAUCUUCUACUUUGGAUAUGUGGCUGUAAGGUCGGGGAAGGAGAGGCAGCCGGAGGAUGUUCCUGAGGAUAAGCACGAAGAGGAGCAUGCCAAAAAAGGGAGCGCGGCCGUGAAGAGUUCAGCAGAAGCUCCGAAACUGAAAGGAAAGCUUCUAUGCGCCUACACGUUCAGCAUCCUCUUGAAGGUUCUCCUCGAGGUCGGCUUCAUGGUGGGCCUGUGGAUCCUCUAUGAUGGCUUCCUCAUCGAUGCAAAGUUCGAGUGCGUAGGCUUACCCUGCCCUCACACGGUGGACUGCUUCGUCUCCCGCCCUACGGAGAAGACCAUCUUCACCAUCUACACUCAGGCCAUUGCUGCCAUCUCCUUGCUCCUCAACCUCAUUGAGCUCCUCCACCUGCUUCAGCUCGCCAUUUCUCAACAUCUGGAGAAGCGGUACAAAAGAGAGGCAUAUCCGCCACGCCUGUAUCGGGCGGCCGCCAGACCGGAGACGCUGGAGCUCGGAGAAGUACCUCUGGAAUCUUACAGUGGGAGUUUGCCAGUGCCGAGCGAGGCAACAGGCUACACUACCAACCCCUGUGAGAGCUUUGGGGAUCUGGACCCUACGGUCAACUGGGCGCCCACAGAGGCUGGGAGUGACGUGCUUCCCAGCUAUAGGCACUGCAUGGAGGCUAUCAGGACAUCACGGCCAUCGAGGAACCACUAUAGACACAACAAGAACAACCACUUGGGGCCUUCAAAGCAGAAGCACUACGUCUGACCAAGGAUUGUUGAUCUUGUACACUGGAGUAAAAUAUAUCCUCGGUGGUGUCAAAUGGUACAUAAGUCUGCUUUUCGCAGGGUUGGAUACCCGGCCAGGGACGUCCAAACAAAGCCCGGGCAAACCCUGUUAGGACGAAGGCCAACAACAAAACAAGAAGCAGCAUUUUGGGGCGCAUAGUGUCCCAAGUGUUAGCAUGUUGGCCUCACAGUCUGGCGUGGCGUAGUGGGUAGAGCAACCGUGCCAGAAACCUGAGGGUUGCAGGUUCGCUCCCCACCUCUUACCAUCCAAAAAAUCGCUGCUGUUGUGUCCUUGGGCAGGACACUUCACCCUUUGCCCCCGGUGCCGCUCACACCGGUGAAAUGAAUGAUGAAUGAAUGGUAGGUGGUGGUCGGAGGGGCCGUAGGCGCAAACUGGCAGCCUCGCUUCUGUCAGUCUACCCCAGGGCAGCUGUGGCUACAAAUGUAGCUUACCACCACCAGGUGUGAAUGAAUGAUGAUUUCCCACUUCUCUGUGAGCGCUUUGAGUAUCUAACAAUAGAAAAAGCGCAAUAUAAAUCGAAUCCAUUAUUAUUAUUAUUAUUAGUCGGGAAAUCUAGGGUCCAAAUGUCAGUUUGCGUAUCUCUGCGAGGUUUGCAUGCGUACGUGGGUUCUCUCCGGGUAUUCUGGCUUCCUCCCACAUUUCAGAAACACGUUUGGUAAAUUGGAGACUUUCAAUUGUCCAUAGGUGUGAAUGUUGGUUUAGCCCCUCCAGGAAUUUCAACAAAUUGAACAAAUCCCCGUGAAUUAUGUAAAACCUCGCAACUUCCCCACAAAUUUUGGCCAAUCAGCGUCGUUUUUGUCUCUGAGCGGCGCUCGAUUUCGCAAUAACCUUAAAAUCUAAACUUACGCUUGCUUCUUGUGUAACAAUAUAUCAACUGUUUAUUGAUCAAACGGCACAAUUGACAUCCACCCUGUUCCUGUCUGCAACACUAAGCCUUCUGGGUAAUGUAGUAUACAAACAUCAAGUGUAAAACCUACACCGAUAAUUUCUGCAACUUGUGGAAGACAGAGCAGACAGCGGACAAUAAGGAAGCUUUUGGUGAGGUUUCUUUCUUUGGUCAUAAUUAAUGAAAACCGUACAGGACCGAAUUAUCCGGACUAUAGAGCACACUGGUAUAUAAGGCGCACUUAUUAAUUGUUGAAGACAAAACAUUUUCCAUGCACUAGUCGCACUGGACUGUAAGCGAAAUGAAUAUUUACACCGACAGAUUUUGUAAAUGUUUAUUUACAUACCUUAAUUGUUUCCAAACGGUGUCUGUAACUCGGCAGUAAAACGGCUGAUCAAACAAAACAUAAGUCAUCGUCAUGGACCCACUAGCUGCGGAACCGAGCUCCCCAAUCAGCUAAACACACUCAAUAACUCCACGGUGACGUUUUGGUGAAUUUACGAAAUUGAAACAAUACAAAAAGAAUACCAUUGUAAGUUAAUAAUACUAACACAGACACUCGUUAACGUAUUAGCAUAUUAGUUCAUGCUAACGACGCUAGCUUCAAUACAUUAUGGUAGCAUUUAGAAACAUGCAUGAAAACACCCCUACAGACAUCACACAUGGGACGGUUUAGUAAGUAAGAAUUGUUUUAGUUGCAUUGUAAAAUUUACAAACAUUGCUUAGAGGGAUGAAUGAAGAAUCCAUACCAGUAGAAACGCUACGGAUGAAUAGAAGACGGAACGGCACUUGUACUUCCGGUUGAAAGCACAAAAGAGAAGGAAAUACUGUAGACGUUCACCCUGCCCGGAGCACCUGCAGUGAGUGGACUCGUCCAAAAGAUGGCGCCAUAGCACAAACAAUAGCACACCUUUCAGUGCAUUAUGGCCGUCAGCAAAGAACAAUACCUAAAUCAGUUGCACCGUUUUAUAAGCCGCAGGGUGCAAAGCGUAACGGCUCAUAGUAAAACAAAACGAUAAUUUAACAAGUCAUCAAGUGCCUACUUUUAAGUCUGUGCUGUAUAAAACCAGUAAAACAUCAUUAUUUGUUUCCCAGUUUUUAUCAAAAUCCUGUACUUUUUGAUGUUAACGUUAGAAAGAACACGAAAAACAUGGGUAACAUACAGUCGUGGUCAAAAGUGUACAUACCUUUGUAAAGAACAUCAUGUCAUGGCUGUCUUGAGUUUCCAAUCAAUCGAUCACUUGUGACCAACAAGUAUGUGCUCCAAUCACGCUAUCACAAACAAAUAAGAGUUAUAGAAAUGAUUGGAAACUCGCGACAGCCAUGACAUGAUGUUCUUUACACGUGUAUGUACACUUUUGACCACGACUUAGACUUAGACAAACUUUAAUGAUCCACAAGGGAGAUUAUAUUUAAUAAAUUACAAGUUGAUUCCAUGUCAUUGGGAAAAAACAUGCAUCGUAACUUUACCCCCCAACUUUAUGAAAAAGCUGCCGCAAAAAUCACAAAAAUAGCCCGUGAAAUCCUGGAGGGAGUGUUUGUAGUUCUAGAGCCAGCAGAUCACCCGCGGGCCUAAUGCGGGUGCACGGUAUAGAAAAGGAGCGGAGUGAAAGACGUGCCCAAUGAGAGCUGUAAUCAAGCAGAACCAAGGAACAAGACUCGCACUGUGAACCCGUCGCCUCACAGGCGCCAAAGAAUACCAAAUAACGGACUUUUUCAAGAUGUCAGAGACAAUCCCCGAGGGAGGAUACUCUGCUAGUCAUGAGAUACUUCUAACAAGCUGUUGCGAGCAGAUACAAACAAAAACCCGUCCCUGGAGCUCCUCUCUGCCCACAAGGUGGAAUGUUCCGGUCUCAGCUCAGCUCCCAGGAGGAUCACGGUCCCCUUUCACCCAGUCACUGGAGUUAGGGGCCGAGAACAGAAGCGUGGGACUCCUGGGGGCUGAAGGGGCUUAUCGUCACAACGACACUUACAGUAUUGAGGCAACAGGCGGAGAGGACCUCUCUGGCAACACAAAAUGCUUCCGGGACUUGGAAAGUGGUACAAAAUAAUAUGUAUUUAUAUUUAUUCUACACAAAAUAAAGUGGUAAGUCACGUGGUCUGUCUGAUGCACCUCACUCAUAUCUAGGGGUGAAUUAGGGUGAAUUGUCAUCCCGUUGGGUUGAGUUUUUCCUUGCCCUGACGUGGGAUCUGAGCCGAGGAUGUCGUCGUGGCUUGUGCAGCCCUUUGAGACACUUGUGA